AUGGCUUCACCACCGGAGUUACCAAAGCCCAUUCUCAUCCUCGACAAGAGCAUCGUCCGUCCAUACCACCCUUCCGACGCCCAAUCACUCUCACAAGCCGCGGAUUCAAAGACCGUCGCGAAAUACCUGCGGAACACCUUCCCUCAGCCAUACACCGUCGCCGCGGCCGAAAGCUGGAUCUCCAUCAACCAGACCCCUCCGAUCCGCAACUGGGCCAUCGUCUGCCCCACAUCGGGCCGAGCCAUGGGCAGCAUCGGUCUUGUACCCGGCAAGGACGUGUACUCGCGGGGUUACGAGCUGGGAUAUUGGCUCGGAGAAGAGUUCUGGGGACGCAAGAUCAUGACGGAGCUGGUUCCCGCCUUUGCGGGCUGGGUGUUGGCCGGUAUGGGCGAUGAGCAUGUCGAGGUUGACAGGCUUUGGGCGGGCGUGUUCUCGGAAAACAAGGCGAGUCAGGGCUUAUUGGAGAAGAGCGGUUUUCAGCUGGAGGGCUGUCUCAGGAAGGCGGUGGUCAAGGACGGGGUGCUGAUGGACGAGUUGAUUUAUUCCAUUAUUAGGGCUGACCUGGUGGACUGGUAG